UUGGGUUUUGAGUAUUGGGGGUAUAGAACUAGGCUCAGAAAGAGGACUCACACCCAAACACGCACAAUGAGGACCUUAGUGAUGGUGCUGGUAUUAGCUCUCUCCUCAGCAGAUGCAGCAAAGCCUAAAACACGUUUUACACGCUACCGCUCAUGGAAUUCACGUCUCUAUCCAGUGUGGAAAGAUGGAGACUCCAGAUACAGGGAUUGUUGGGCAGGCGGAGAAGUUACUUUUGAUGUAAAAAAUGAUGCCCCUACCCUGACCGGAGCCAAGGCAACCUUCAACAUUGAUCUUCGAUUCCCACAAAACCAGACAGUGCUUCCUGAUGGACAAGUAGUGUGGGCAAGAAACUGCUCCAUCAAUGGAACUCAGUACAAUGAGGGUCAGGCUGUGUACCCAGACCAAGAGCAGGAGUGGAACGGAGUGUUCCCCGAUGGAACCCCUUUCACCCGGGUCUCUGACAGGAAACCCCACUAUGUGUUUGUGUGGAAGACAUGGGGACGUUACUGGCAGGUUGCAGAUGGACCCUCCUCCUCCAUCUCCAUUGGCACUGAUAACAUCCCUCUGGGAUCUUACAAUAUGGAGGUUGUCAUCUACCACUGCCGUGGCAAGGACAAGUUCAUUCCUCUUGGCUAUGCCUCCACAACGUUCUCUAUCACAGAUCAAAUCCCUUUCACUGUGAGUCUCAAUCAAGUGAAUGACAUCAAUCAGGCUGAUCAGAGUUUCAUUCAGAACAGAGCCAUCGCCUUUAGUAUCAAUCUACAUGACCCCAGCCAGUAUCUCAUCACUUCUGACAUCACCUUCAACUGGGACUUUGGAGACAACAGUGGAACUCUGAUCUCAAGAGAGCGCAGCGUCACACAUACAUACCUCACAGCUGGUACCUUUAGGCCUCAGGUUGUCCUGAUGGCCAGCAUCCCCAACGGCUGUGCAGAUCCUACAGCUGCCGUGAUAUCCAUGGAAUCCUCGGCAGUUCCAGCAGUAAUAGUGAUGAACUCCACCCCAGCCCCUGCUCCCCCAGCCCCUGCAUCAACCCAGGAGACAGGUGACAUUGCUCUGGAUGUGCCUGCCUCUGAGACUGCCCCUGCCGUUGACCUCUCACUGGCAGCCUCGGUGCAGCCUGCUGGAGACACUGACACAGCUGCAGUUGUAGACACAGAUGCAGCUUCAGAGGGAGUGGAGGUGGCCUCAGUGGCCUCAGUAGCCUCAGUGGCCUCAGUGGCCCCGGCUGUAGAUGAUGCUACUGUUGCUGUCCCUGUCCCUGCAGCUGAAGAUGCAGCCAUCGUUCCUGCUACCGUAGACCCUGCUGCUGCCCCUGUUGCAGAAGUGGGCGUUGCUGCAGAGGACAUUGUGGCAGCCGCUGCCGCUGUGGCAACUGUUGUGCCAGCAGUGGAGGGAGCUACCGCUGUACCUGUUGCUGCUGUGGCUGAGGAGACAGCUGGGGCGGUGGUAGACACAGAGGAAGUUGCUGCUGACGAGACUGCCGUAGUCGUGGCAGCAACGGCUGCUGCAGAAGUGCCUGUCAUUGACGUUGCUGUGUCAGUGGCCCCCGUGGCAGAGGAAGUGGAAGCCACAGUUGACCUGGCAGCCACAGUCUUUCCAGAGGUCCCUGCUGUGGUUCCAGUUGCUCCUGAGGAAGCUGCAGGAGGUGAAGCCGAGGUGGAGGCUACUGCUGCUGCAGAGGUCACCCCAGAAGAGACCAUGGACGCUGCUGACAAUGUCAUAGUUCCUGCCGCCACAGAGGAUGCAGCUGUAGAAGAGGCAGUAGUUGCUGUCCCUGCAGCUGAUGCCGAGGCUGAAAUUGUAGAGACAGUGAAUGAGGCUGCAGCAACUACAGUGUCAGCAGCAUUGAAUGAGAUAACUGCUCCAGCUGAUGGUGAAGCUGCAGCAGAGGUAGAGGCAGGCACAGAGGCAGCCCAAGUGGCUCUUGUUUUGGCUAAAAGACAGGCUCCAGAACUUGAGGCUAACGCAGGCUGUAUGGUCUACCGUUAUGGCUCCUUCUCCACGGCAUUGGAUGUUAUUGAGGGUAUUGAGAGUGCAGAGAUCAUCCAGGUGGCUAAUGUGGUGUCCCUGACUACUGAGGUUGAGCAGAAUGCAGUGGACCUCACCAUAACUUGCCAAGGAAGCCUGCCAAAUGAGGUGUGCACAGUGAUCUCGGAAGCCGACUGUGCCACACCUGUGCAGACUGUUUGCAGUGCUGUGACACCCUCUCCAGAAUGCCAGAUGAUUCUUCGUCAGUUCUUUAACAACUCUGGAGUGUUCUGCAUUAAUGUGUCCUUGACCAAUGAUGUCAGUCUGGCUAUGGCCAGUGCCAAAGUCAGUGUCACAGUAGGCUCCAACUCCUCCACAGCAGGUACUGUGGCUGCCGUCUUGGGUGUGAUGGUUCUUGUCAGUGCUAUUGGAACCAUUGCUUUGACAUACAAGCGGUUCAAGCAGUAUCGUCCUCUGACAGAAAACUCAGGCAACGGUGGAGGUAGCUCUACAAUUACAUCAGUGCCAUUGCUGCUGUGGAAUUUGCUGAGUCGACAAUCACCUGGAGAGAGCCGUCCAUUGCUUCAGGGAAGGGUGGUGUGACCGCCAACAUAUCCACCACCUCACAACAUACCUUUUAA